AUGUCGGGUCCAGGAAUCCUCGCUGUCUUCGCCCUCGGUGUUGCGCUCUUCUUUGCGUCCAGACCCAGUCGAAGGGGAUUGCCGCUUCCUCCAGGUCCACCCAGACUCCCAUUCAUCGGCAACGCCCUUGACAUCCCGAAGAAGGAUGCGAAGUCCGUGUUCAGAGACCUGUGCGCGAAGUACGGGGACGUGAUACACUUAGAUGCACUCGGUAUGCCGAUCAUCGUGCUCGGGUCGCACGAGGCUGCCGUAGAGCUCCUCGAGAAACGCGGCGCAAACUACUGCGACACGAUGCCGCUAGUCAUGGUGGAAUUGUGCGGCCUAGAUUGGGUACUUCCACUCAUGCGCUACGGCCCGUCCUGGCGCAAGCACCGGCGCGCGCUGCACGAGUUCUUCGCUCCCGCCGCGCUUGACGCCAAUCGCGCAUCCACGCGCGCGGACAUCCACCGCUUCCUCCUCGACCUCCUGCACGAGCCAGACUCGCUCGUCUCGCAUAUCCGCGCUCUCUUCGGUUCGAUGAUCAUGCGCAUCUCGUACGGCUUCGAGCUCGACGCGCACACAGCGCGCUACCUCCGUCUCGCCGAGGCCGGCGUGCGCAUCUUCUCCGCCGCGCUUGUCCCGGGAAAGUACCUCGUCGAGUCGCUGCCCUUCCUCCGCCACCUCCCCGCGUGGGCGCCCGGGGCGCGCUUCAAGCGCCUGGCCCGCGCGUGGCGGACGGACGUGCGCCGCGCGCUCGAGGUGCCCUUCGCAGAGACGGUGCGCCGCGCCGAAGCCGGGGACGCCACAGGCUCGAUCGCACAGGUCCUGCACGAGCGCGCGCGGACGGCGGAGGACGAGGAGCUCGCGAAGAACGUCGCCGCGAUCGCUUACACCGCGGGCGGUGACACGACAAUGUCUUCUGCGCAGUGGUUCUUUUUCGCGAUGGCCGCGCACCCCACGGCGCAGGCGCGCGCGCAGGCGGAGCUCGACGCCGUCGUCGGGCCCGUGAGGCUGCCGGAGCUCGCGGACGAGCGCGCGCUGCCGUACGUGUGCGCGCUGGUGCGGGAGUGCCUCCGCUGGCGCUCGGUGAUCCCGCUCAACACGGCGCACCGCGCGCUGGAGGAAGACGAGUACCGCGGGUGUCGGAUCCCGAAGGGCGCGAUGGUCGUCGCGAAUCUGUGGGCGUUUUGUCGCGACCUGGAGGUGUACCCGGACCCGGAGACGUUUAGGCCGGAGCGGUUCUUGAAGGAUGGAAGGCUUGACCCGGAUGUGCGCGACCCUCGGUCGAUCGUGUUUGGGUACGGACGGAGGGAGUGUCCCGGCAAAGCGUUCGCGGAGCGGUCGCUGUUCCUGCUCAUGGCGACUGCGCUGCACACGCUCUCGAUUACUGCGCCCGUAAGCGAGGAUGGCCAGCCGGUGCCAAUGGACGCUGUGAUGACUGAAGGCGUGCUUUCGUAUCCGGAGCCUUUCAGGUGCGUCAUCAAGCCACGCUCCAAGGCAGCGGAGAACCUUCUGCGCGCGAGCGGGAACAAGUCGCUCCCCUAG